CUUGGCCCUUGGAUAGCGUAGGAUCUGAUCACCCUCGGAUCGCCGGAAGAUUCGCCUCGAUCGCCUGGGUCCACUGACAAUGAAGUUUUGCAGCAUGAACGGCCCAAGUGAAUCGGAAGUCGAGAGCCUGCUGAUGAGUCCCUGCUGGGGACCGCCCCAGACGUCCGCCCAGGACCAGUAUUUGCUCGACGGGCACAAGCUGUUGCUGGAGCACGACCUGGACUCCCUGCCCAGCGAUGCCGAUCAGAAGAACUCCCUGGAUGUCCUCGACAAUCUACUGCUGAACGGCUCCUCCCUGAACGCCCUGUCCGAUCUGAAGCCGCUGCCGCCCUUCACCGGCUACACGGGCCACCUGUCCAUCAAUGGGAUCUCCGGCCACCAUUACCAUGCCAUUGCCCAGAGGCUGCCGGAUGAGAGCAACAACAACUACAUGCAGAGUGCCUACCACCAGCAGAGCAGCAACCAAACGAAUCCCACAUCCCAGUCCCACAGCAGCAGCAGCAACUCGAAUUCCAACGAGCACAACAUAGUCUCCUCCUCCACCUGCCUACCAGAAAGUGUCCUGAGUGGAAGUAAUAAUGGCGGCGGAGGAGGAGGUGGGAACGAUGCCUGCCUGGCGGACGUGAAGCUCUUCGCCGAUAGUCAACUAGAUUCUAAGCUUUACUCGGUGGCCGAUAGCUGUGUGAUGAACGCUUCGGGAUCCUCGGGAAAUGGAGGAGCCAAUGGAGCCGGUCCCAGCAUAGCCACUCUAACGCCCAUCGACCAGGUGGCCGAUUCCCUGCACAAUUCCGGCGUUCGGAUCUACAAGGAUCUCACGGAAUAUGUGGAUAUGAACUCGAUAGACGACAUAGCCGCCAUCAUAGGUUCCGCCAUUGCGGACACCACGGUGCCCAAUCAGCUGGACAAGGACGAUAACAACGAUACGCGGGACAGCUGGAUGGAUCUCGAUGCCUGGAUCGACGGCAAUUGCAUACAGCAGGAGUCGGCCAAGGUCCUGGUAUCGCAGCAGGACUCCCUGGGCGACUUUAUGCUGCCCCAUAGUCCGCUGCCCAUGCACGCCAGCAGUUCGACGCUCCAGAGUUUACUGAGUCAUGGAUACAUGCCGCUGCUGCAGAAUCGCCUGCAGAACGGGCCGCCGAAUGGCAGUUCCUCGGGUGGAGGAGCGAAUCCUGGCACAGGGAUCAAGGCGGAGCCCCAGGCGCCCACAUCUACCUCGUACUGCAACGAACUGGCGGCGGCCACCAGCAGCAGUUGCAGUCCACCCGGCUCGGUGGUCAGCACCACGGACAAUCCGAAUGGCCUGAUGAUCAAUCCGCGCUACCUGAGCAACCCGACCAACGGCCAGGCGACGGGGAGUCAUCCCCACCAGCAGGGUGGCUACUCCUUGCAGAACUCGGGCCUGUCGCUCAAGGACAAUGGUCUGUGUUCGCCGGAUCUCCUGGGCAACUAUCCGCACACGACAACGGCCAGUACGACGGGCUCGGAGAUGCGAACUGGGGCGCCCAAGGCCAAGAGAUCGCGGUCCCAAAAGAAGUCCAACCAGCAGCAGCAACAGCAGCAGCAGCAACAGCAGGGGGAUGGAGGUAACCCAGCCACCACGCCACAAAUGAGCGCCAUUUCACCAUCGGGCUUCAGUGCCAGCGAUCUGAGCGGUCUGCUCGGCAAGGAGAAGCCCGUGCACCGGUGCAGCAUCUGCAACCGGGGAUUCCUCAACAAGUCCAACAUCAAGGUGCAUUUGCGCACCCACACCGGCGAGAAGCCCUUCCGCUGCGACGUCUGCGCCAAGGCCUUUCGCCAGAAGGCGCACCUGCUCAAACAUCAACAGAUACACAAGAGAAUUGGGCGUGACUGACGCUCCUACACGAGCUUUAUGAUAUAGCCGAACAACCAGUAGCAUCUCCCAGGGAGAACCUCCAUCUGCAGCACAGAAAAAUAGGGAUCGGAAUUUGUCAAGAACUUAGCCUGUCCAAAAAACCCGCAAAUUCGCCUUUAAAAAGUAGAAAUUGUGGUGUUUCUUUGGAAAGUCAAAGUUUUGUACUUACAAAAUAUAUCUCUUCUCUCUGAUAUUUAGAGAAAUAAUGACAUAAAUCUUUGUAGAUCUAAAAAUAAUAUGUUUGGUUUCCAAAAGUCACAGAAACCUUUAGGGAUUUUAAAUCUCCUGAAAUUGUGUCUAACUUUUUUUAAGCCCCACAAAUUAUUUUAAAAUCACUUAAGAAUUUUGUCAGUUAUUGAUAUAUUAUUUGAUUGGUUCAAGUUCUUGUUCAUCUUAUAUUUUUCUGUAAUUUGGAUU